AUGGAAUCUCAAUUUGAGGCUGCAGUGAAAAUCGUCAAUGAAUUUGGAGCAAGCGGACAACAACUAACAAAUGACCAAGCUUUAGCUCUCUAUGGACUCUUCAAACAAGCAACAGUCGGCGACGUCAACACCAGCAGACCAGGAAUGUUUGAUCCAAAAGGUAAAGCCAAAUGGGAUGCAUGGAAUGCUAAAAAGAACGUAAGCCAAGCUGAUGCUAGAGCCCAAUAUAUUCAGACUGCUCGCUCAGUUCUCCCUCCUGCCUGGGCUUCCAGAAUUGCGUAA